GACGAAAAUCGAAGGGAGGUUAUCCCUCAAAUAGAUUAAAACCUUUGUUCAAUUGAUUAUGUACCCUAAUUCCACACCAAAACAGAAAAUACCAAUGUUCUUAUGACGCCACUCCACAACAACAAUCAAUUAAACUUUAACUUGGAAAUCAUUAUUUUAAACUUUGGACUUAUUCUGAUUCAGUCCCAGACCCACCCUAAUAAUCACCUUCUUCCCCAUUCCAACCUCUAGCUUUCAAGUCAAACCCUGUUGUUUUGAUCAUCGCCUGCCUCACCAAGAAAAGGAAAACUUCCCCCAUUUUCUUUGAUAUUCCUUUUUGUCAUCUGUUGCCCUCUGUGAUUAGCUCCUUCUGAACAGACCUUUUUUGGCCUUCCCUUAAACCUCCAUGUCCUGCUGCUUAACCAGCUAGGGUAUCCCUUGGUUUUUGCUUUGGGAGUAUCUCAAUUUUGGUUCAGCUUUCAUCAAUCUCAGGGGAAAAAAUAUUUGCAGCAUUGAGGACUGUUUGGAGUCAGAGCAAGGGUUUGAUGAACUGGGAAGCAGGUUUCUUCAUCAUCUGAUGACCGGAUGGGGCGAGCUCGUUGUAAGAUGAGAAGAUGAUUGGGAUGGGAGGAAGGCAUAAUUGGAGGUUGACAAGUGUUGAUUCUUUCAUUCUUUGCCUGCUCAUCUUACUUGUUCAAUCAAUUCCUGCACAUCAAGAAGGUUUCAUAAGCAUUAAAUGCUGUGGUGGAGAAGGGCAGACCGAUAGCUCCUCGAUAACUUGGAUAUCAGAUGAUCAAUGGUAUCCAGAUGAAACAGGUUGCCAGAACAUAGCCAGAGCAUCAUCCGAUAACUAUACAACAGGCCAUGAUAAAGUUAGAUAUUUCUACCUUGGUAACUCUGAGAAGAGAUGUUAUAGCUUGCCAACAACUCCGGACCGUGACUACUUGAUAAGGGGCACAUUCCCUUUCAGCAACUCAGUGGUAGGGUCGGUGUCUUCAACCUUUGAUGUCUUGGUUGGUGUAACACCAAUAGAUUUGGUGGACUCUUCAGGAGAAUCACAGGUUGAAGGCAUCUUCAGAGCUACUGAUCAGUACAUAGAUUUCUGUUUGGUGCAAGAAACAGGAGAUCCUUACAUUUCACAGCUUGAACUGAGGCCACUGUCUGAUGAUUCAAGUUACCUGGAUGGAAAAGAUUCUACUGUCCUCCUGAAAUUGGUGGACAGAGUGGAUUUGGGAAACAAUGGGAUUCCAAUCAGGUUCCCAGAUGAUCCACAUGACAGAAUUUGGACGAGUCAAGAUACAGAAAGAGUCAGUUUGUCUGCCAUAACCACAAUCAACAAUACCAUCUCCAAGACUGUCGCAAAAGUGCCUCUCAAAGUUCUCGAAACUGCAAUAACAAAUGAAUACAGUUUCCAGUUCUUGUACAUUGAUCUUGAAACUAGGGAUUGCAACUAUACUAUCUUUCUCCACUUUUUUGAGCUAGAUGACAAUGUUAGACCUGGCCAAAGAGUGUUUGACAUCUACAUCAACAACGAAAAGCAGCAAGCAAACUUUGACAUAAAGGAAAAUGGGUCAAACUACAGUGAACUUGCUCUGAACGUUACAGCAAAUGGGUCUCUGAACUUGACCUUAGCCAGGGUCGAGAACAAAUCCAAGUUUGGACCUAUCCUAAAUGCAUAUGAGAUCAUGCAGGUUCGUCAAUGGGUCGAAGGAACUCACCAUAGAGAUGGUAUGUAUGUUCAAUAGCUACUAUAAUUCAAAUUUGACUCACUCUUUCUAUUGAUACGUACAUCUUAAGGUGACUUAGUGGUUCCACAUUCAAAGUUGCUAUCAAAUGCAAACUGGACAUGCGGAUAUUGGCAUUGUAGACCCUUUCUACUAAAGUUCUAAUCUCAGCCUCCAAACGAAAUCAAGCUGAACCAUAUUUCAUUCUGCCAAUUGUAUACUAUUGUUGAUUGUUUACCUUCCCACAAUAGUAAUUUACGUUUUCUACCUUGCAGUGAGAGUGAUGGAUAGAGUGAAAGAUGGGCUGCUGCAGCAAAACAAAGGGAGCAAGAAAUUGGAGGGCUGGUCAGGAGAUCCAUGUCAGCCUUCGUCUUGGGAUGGUCUUGCCUGCCACUACAGUAAUGGUUCUACUAUCAUCACUAAGCUGUAAGUUUCAACUUGCUACAUUGCAGAGACCAUGUCUUGCCACAGUAAGCAAAGACUGCACAAACUUCUGCGCAGUUGUUGCUUCUGUCAUUUAGAUCUUUUGAGCAGCUUGUACUAAACGUACCAUGUGCAACAUCAGGGAUAUCUCCUCAAGUCAACUUCAAGGACAAAUUCCCACCAUGAUUUCCCAACUAACCUACCUGAAGGAAUUGUAAGAUUUUCAUAUCAACUCUGGAUAAUACCACAUGUUUAUCGGUGCCUCUAACCAUUCCUCUGUUACUAUGGUAUUCAGGAACCUUAGCAACAAUGGGUUUACAGGCAAGAUUCCAGAGUUCGCAAGGUCCUCUACGUUGACAGCAGUGUAAGUUCCUACUCCAAGUUAUGUUACUAAGUAAGUAAGUCUACAGAGAGCCAAUUUCAAAAUUUGUUCAGAGAGAUAAACAUAUUGAAGACUGCAACUACAAAAAAAUGCUGUCAAGAUGGAAGCUGUAGUCAAACAAAAGCUAAAUUCUUGCAACCAUAUCAUCUGAUUGAUCCAUGAUCACCAGGGAUCUAAGCUACAAUGACCUUUCGGGGAGUCUUCCAGAUACUUUAAUUACACUGCCACAUUUGACAACCCUGAUAUUUUGGAUGCAAUGUUCAUGUCAGUGCAGAUCCUUCCACCUUUAAUCACUCAAGACUCAGAACAGACUCAGGGGAAUGUGCCAGGCCAGGAUCUGCACAAAAACACAACCGUAUUGUCAUUGCUAUUGCAUGUGGAUCUUUCAUAUUGGCAGUGGCGGUUGUAGCUGCUUGCCUCUUGCUCUGCAGACAAAAACUCAGAACUUGGGGAUGUAUUAAUGGAAAACAACUCAUAAUGUCAAAGGGUGCAGUAUUCUCCAUAGCCACGACCGAUGAGGACCCCUUGAGGACCAUUAAUAUUCAAAUGUUCACUCUAAAUCAGAUAGAGAAUGCAACCCAAAAGUACAAGACUCUCAUAGGUGAAGGAGGUUUUGGGUCUGUUUAUCGUGGCACACUAUUUGAUGGUACGGAUGUAGCAGUGAAGGUACGAUCCUCUACCUCAACUCAAGGAACAAAGGAAUUCCAGAACGAGCUAAACCUUUUCUCCGCAAUUCGGCACGAGAACUUAGUCCCUCUGAUUGGUUACUGUAGUGAAAGGGACCAACAAAUCUUGGUCUAUCCAUUUAUGUCAAAUGGAUCUCUGCAAGAUCGGCUUUAUGGAGAAGCAGCAAAAAGGAAAACUCUAGACUGGCCAACCAGACUUUCUGUUGCUCUUGGAGCUGCUCGAGGCUUGACAUUUCUGCACACAUUUGCUGAACGUUGCAUUAUACAUCGAGAUGUAAAGUCCAGCAACAUUCUUCUAGACCAUAGCAUGAACGCCAAGGUAGCAGACUUUGGAUUCUCAAAGUAUGCUCCUCAAGAGGGUGAUAGUGGUGCUUCUCUUGAAGUAAGAGGAACAGCCGGAUACUUGGACCCCGAGUAUUACUCAACCCAGCAUCUAUCAGCAAAAAGUGAUGUCUUUAGCUUCGGAGUGGUAUUACUAGAGAUUAUAAGUGGUCGGGAGCCACUCAACAUACAAAGGCCUCGGAACGAGUGGAGCUUGGUUGAAUGGGCUAAACCUUAUGUAAGGGAAUCGAGGAUCGAUGAAAUUGUUGAUCCAGGUAUAAAGGGAGGGUACCAUGCAGAAGCAAUGUGGAGAGUGGUAGAGGUGGCUUUAGCAUGCAUUGAGACCUUCUCUGCUUAUCGUCCAUGCAUGCCUGAUAUCGUGAGGGAGCUGGAAGAUGCUUUGAUCAUAGAGAACAAUGCAUCUGAAUAUAUGAAGUCCAUAGACAGCAUAGGAGGAUACAGCUUGGGAGGGUCAAAUCGCUUCUCAAUAAAGCCUCCUGUUCUACCAACACCACCUCCUACCCCACCAGAACCUUCACCAAUCAACCCACAAUCAAUGGCUUCGGUAGCACCAAGAUAAUGGAUGCGGAUAUAUUGCUUAGCAUGUAUGAUAUCAGUUUCAUUGAGCCAUAAGAAAGAUUAUGAAAGGUAAUUGAGGUUUUAUGACCAAUGCUCUUUCAUAGGAGAUCAUGUACCAGAUAGUCCAUUCCUAUUUGUUAAUUUCAUCUCCUCUGUAUUCAAGUUGAGAGAUCCACUU